UCCUUUGCAGCCAAUGGCACUAAGCGAGGUGGCUGCAUGUGGUGGCGCGGACCCAGCGCCCGGGCUGCGAGAGGAGGAGGCGGCAGCCGGCUCUGCUCUCCGCUCGCUCCCGGCUCCCGCUCCCCGGCUGCGGGCACUCCUCCUGCCAGCGGCGGCCGCCCGCACUCCGCCCGCCCCGAGCCGCCCCUCGGUGCUUCUGCCCCGCCGGUUCCGGCAGCAUGGACUCGGACUCCGCGGAGCUCAGCGAAGGCGAGCUGGUCUCGCCCGCAGGUCCUGAUUAUUUCAGUUCCAAGAAUCUCGCACUGCAAGCCCAGAAAAAGAUCCUGAGUAAAAUGGCAACCAAAACCAUGGCUAACAUGCUCAUCGAUGACACAAGCAGUGAAAUCUUUGAUGAGCUGUACAAAGUAACAAAGGAACAUACGAGAAACAAAAAGGAAGCCCAUAAAAUUAUGAAAGACCUGAUUAAAGUGGCAAUAAAAAUUGGGAUCCUGUAUCGAAAUAAUCAGUUCAACCAAGAAGAGCUGGAAAUCGUAGACAAGUUCAGGAAGAAGCUGAACCAAACUGCGAUGACAAUUGUCAGUUUCUAUGAGGUAGAGUACACUUUUGACAGAAAUGUUCUUGCAGAACUUCUGAAUGAAUGUAAAGACCUUGUGCAUGAACUGGUAGAUCGACACCUGACACCAAGAUCCCACGGGCGCAUCAACCACGUCUUCAACCACUUUGCAGAUGUGGAGUUUCUAACUGCCCUGUACAGUCUUGAUGGGGAUUGUCGGCCGUACCUCAAAAAGAUCUGUGAUGGCAUCAACAAACUACUUGAUGAGAAGAUCCUUUGAAACUACGCUCCAAACCAAGAAGCCAACCAAAAACUUCUCUCUAGAACUGGCCACCCUUCAUGAGCCACCGUGAGCAAGCGAGCUUCCUUCCCACAGGCCUCUUAGUACAGUCUCCAACAAGGGCCAGAAAGUGCUCACCAGGCUCAUGAUGAACUUCAAUCAGAAAGUUAUCAAUUUUAAUGUUUUGUUCCAAUAACUUGGUCUUUUCCAAGAAGCAGAGCGAACAAGGCUGCUGAUAUUGUUGAGAAAGAGAUUGCUACACACCAUGAUCUUACUACCUUUGUGUACAAGGCUGAACAUGGGAAAAGAAAGUAAACUCCAGUGCAUGGCUAUGUAAAACUACACAGGUGAAGGCUAAAGAGCAACGCAUGGAAUUUACCCCCAGGCCCUUGGUGCAUAUGUUUUUAUCUCCAUGAAAAAGCUUGGACAGAAAGUAGGGCUGUAAUGGAUUAAACUCACUCCUUUCAAAAGGAUCAGGAAUCAAUAUGAGAAGCCAUCUCUGAUUUUGCAUGGUAUUUAAGAAGUCUGAUAGGAGAACAACAAAUAAUACAAACUGAGUAGAAGUGGGAGAAAAUUUAAAGAAUUGCUCGAUGAAGCCAUGUUUUCAUUAGAGAGUUUUGGUUCAUACCUGCUAACAGGAGGAAGGUUUCAUUUUAAAUUGGAAAAGCAGCUCAACAGUUCGAGCUCAGAGGCAAUCCGAAAACUAGAUAAAGCAGUACAGCAGUUUCCCCCCUCUCAGGGCUUGUGUAUCUGGUAACAUCAGGCAAGUUUAGGCCAAAGGUUGUGCUGCUCUUUGUGCUCUUACUGUUUUGGCUGACAGAACAAAACAUUCUUUGCAAGGAUUUUGAAAUUGCACUUGUGAAGAGGAACGCGACAAAGACACCAGUGGAGUGACACCAGUGGA